UCAGCUGUUGUGGGCCAGCUGAGCCACAGGACUGGCUACGUGCUGCGGACAGUGGCUGCUCUGCAGGGCAGGGGCCGCUGCGGGGUGGCUGGGCUCCGGGGGGGAAUUGCCCCUUCCCCGAGUAAAGGAGCUGGGGAGGGGACAGAGAAGAUGGAGGAGACCCCCCUGCACCCCUCUCUGGCGUAGGGGGUGGCAGGAAAUUUGGGGACCCCCCUCCAUCCCCUCCCCCACCUGUGCAGAGUGGGUUUUGCUGUGUGGGGCGGAAAUUGGGGGAGCCCCCGGCUGUGCCCUGGAGUAAAGGCUGAGGGGAGGGGAGCAGAGAGACCUUUGUGGGGGGGCUCAGAGUGGGGGAGCCCUGGCCUGGCUGGGAGGCGCAUUGUUUACUUUGCCUGAGGGGGGUCCUGCCAUGAGCACCCCUCAGGAAAGCCCCUCCAGAGCCCAGGCACCUCUGCUGCCCCACUGACUGGCGGGGAGGGAUGGCCUCCCCUUCCAGGCAGGGGUCCCCUGGAGGGGCUGGGCUGCUCUGCGGCAGCAAGACCCGGUCCUACGGCAGUCUCGUCAAGUCAGUGUGCUCCCCGGUGAGGGAGAGGAGGGUGGAACAUCGCCUGGAGCCGGGGGACACCUUGCAGGGGCUGGCGCUCAAGUAUGGGGUCACGAUGGAGCAGAUCAAGCGGGCGAACCGGCUGUACACCAGCGACUCCAUCUUCCUCAAGACGACGCUGCACAUCCCUGUCCUGGUGGAGCCCAAGCAGAUGGUAAAUGGUUUAAACCUGGAGGAAGAGGAAGAGGAGGCAGAGGAAGGAGCCAGACGACCCACCACUGGAGAGGACAAGCCGAUGCUGAAAAACGGCUCCGUGGCCAGCACAGGCACCACCCCCCGCCACGACCUCUCGGCCACGGAUUUCUUAAGGAAGCUCGACUUGGAGAUCAGCCUGUCCAAGAAGGCUGCGGUGAAGAAGCUGCGGGAGGGGGAGAUCGCAAUCGCCAGGGCUGAGCCAGAAGCCAGCAGCACUGUCUCCUAUCAGAGCGAGCCCUCGCCUCACGCUCAGCAGCGUGCCCUGCUGGGCCCUGUGCCGCUCACCAAAAGCAUCCGGGCCGCCACGCUGCGGGACCAGGAGGACGAGAUCUUCAAGCUCUGAUGGGCAGAGCCUUCUUUUCCUCAAGGACUCGCCUCUCCCUUCCUAGCCGGUGCGUCCAGCCCUGGGGGGCAGUGCAGGGUCUGUGAUGGCCCUGCCAGGGGGACCCGGACGGAGCUGAGACCCUGAUCCCAGCAGGAGUCUGCGUGAGUCCUCUGGCUGCCCCUGCCUUCGCACCAAUCUGCAGAGGAUGGGCUGGCUGCAGAGGGAGCGGUGCAUGGGGGACGUUCUGCGGCUGAGGUGGGUGGUGCCCAGAGGUGUGUUAUGGGGGUGACUGGCAGAGCACCCCGUUGGGGCGGGUGUGUCUCGGCGACACGCUUUAAUGCACCAGCGUUUUCUGUGCUGCUCCUCGCUGGCCUUUCCCGCUGCUGGGCUCUGAGCUCCCCGUCCCAGCGCGCCAGCCUCUCCCAUCCUGUAAGGUCACCACAUUUGGCGACAGCCCUGUCGCUUACAACCCCCUUGGCUCCCCCACUGAGACUUUAGGGAAAGGCCUCGGGAUCAGGUCCUCAGCCCAGCCCCCCCAAUCAUCUACUGAUGCCCCUCAAUCCUGACCCACAGUCCCCCCUGCUAUUCCUGUUGUGGGAACUUGCCCUGGUUCUAAAUGAAACAGGUGCCUUCGCAAGCCUGACGUCCUCGGGGGUGUCAGGACCCUCGGCAGCUGAUCCCAUUGGACGCCUGGCAGGCAAGAGUCAGCAAGGCCAAUGAGCAUCGUCGCCUGCCGCUCUCACUGCCAGCGAGCCCACAUGGGGUCGGGCUCUCAGUGCCCAGCCCCCACAUGGGAAGGGCUCAGCAUCUGCUGUGUUGAAACGCAGCCCCUGGGCCUGAGCCGAAAUCUGCCCGAGUCUUUCCAUUGACCUCCGGGGUGGGGCCUGGCUUGGGGGCCAAGGGGGUUAAUUCCAUACCCUGCUUGGCUUCCUUGCCCUGAAAGCGAUGAGUACAACCCUUCCCACCCCCUCUCCCCAUGGAUCUGUCCCCUGUGUCUGCUAGAGCUGCUCAGCGACCUCUCACUGCUUAGGAUUCCUCUUAGCUUGGCUCUGGGGCAGGGAGCCGGGAUCUGUCCCUGUUAGCCCACCAGGGCCAGUCCAGCUCUGGGGGAGGGAACCACGGUCUGUCCCUCCUUGUGUGCCAUUAAUCCAAGAGCUGACCAAUCCUUUCUGCCCGUCUGGCCCCACUGGGGCUGUAUGGGGCCCCUGAGAGACUAGCGCUGAUGAUCGCCUGUUAAUUGGUUACUGGGCGUGAGGUGUGAGAGGGAAAACACCCAGCUUGACUCUCAGCUCCCAGGCUGAUAUUUCAGGCAGGGGACAACAGCUAGUGGCUUGUAAUCAGUGUUUGUGGGCCAGGGGUGAAUGGAGGAACUCCCAGAACAGCCCCUCCUUGGACGGCGUUAGCUGCUUGAGCCGAGCCAAAAGCCCCAGACUCCGUAUGGGGCAGGUGAACUGGGCUCUGAUUUCCCCGCUCGUCUGUUUCAUUCAGCCAUAUUGACUUGGAACCCUUUGCUGUUCCUCACGGCUCAGCUCUGGAGAAGGAAACAGAGUUAAAAAUAAAACCCUCCCUUGGGUUCCUCUUUAAAACUUGCUGGCAGCUGAGAGGCCCAGAUCCUCUUUAAAUAACUCUGCCAGGCACUUCUCAGACACGAGAUUGAGAUCUGCUGAGAUUGGCCCCUGGCCAGCGGUGAAGGGACCUGCAAAUGAAAGUGUUCCAUCCUGAUUGCUCUUUGAACAAAACAUGCAA